UGUUGACUCCCACAUUUCGGUUAAACCAUCCAUCAAUCGUCGGUCUUUACGAUUCCGUGGACGUGGGAUGCAACCUUCGCUCCUAUGAUUGUUAUAAAUUUUUUAUUGUGACAUUAUUGACCUCUAUCGACCGAAUUAAGCGAUUGCGAUGCUUUAAAUUGAACAUGGUAUUAUUGUACGGGAUUUGUAGUGAAAUGUCAGUGCGUUGUAGUUACACGAUCUAAAAAAAGAUCGGAAGUCUUGUUUUUUUACCACUGGAAGUGACUGGCCCAUCCGAAAAAAUGGCACCGCACGAAAAUUCUUCCUCACUUUUAUGGUACUAACCUUCCUGAUCAUUUUUUUCUAUUACACACAAUUCAACAUCCAUACUUUCGAAGAAGAACUAGUGCUAAAUUAUUCCAAGCCAAAACCUCCGAGUGACGCCGAAAAGUACUUGAUCCACACAUCAAAAUGUCGAAUCCCGAACGACGACCCUUUCAACGAAGAAGUCAAACCGUACUACCACCGAGAGUCCUACAUCCCCUGUUCGAAACGACCUCCUCUAACCUACAUAGAAAAGAAAGACUCGUCUAUCACACUCCGGAUCAACCAAAGCCUCCUGGAAACAUACAGUAUGUUCACGAUUUCGUGCUGCUGGUCGGCGGUCACUCGGGUCGUCGAAGAGAACAAGUCGGACGACGCGCUAAAAGUUUCAGAUUGCGUUCCGUUCCAAAACAGUACGACCGUCACCGAAUCCAUCGUCUUGGUCAAGUGCAAGAGUCCUAUCAAUUCCGAGAUCUACUCCAACGUGCACGCGAUUCUCAACCCUGAGCACGUGCACCAGAAGCUACAGCAGGACUGGACGACCACCCCGAUGAGUGUUUUGUUCGUCGGGAUUGAUAGUAUUUCGAAGAUGAACUUGGUUCGCACUAUGCCGAAGACGUACAAGUUCCUGGAGGAGCACGACUUUGCGAAUCUGAGGGGAUACACCAAGAUUGCUGACAAUACGUUUCCUAAUUUAAUGGCCAUUUUGACUGGAAAGACUUGGAUCCAAGUUUACGAUCAGUGCGACCCCAAGAAGAACAAAAUAAAUAACUGUGAUAUAAUUUGGGAUAAAUUUAAUGAUUUAGGAUAUAUUACGGCGUACGCCGAGGACGAGUCUUCGAUUGGGACGUUCAAUUACAACCGGAAGGGCUUCGGGAGUCCGCCGACGGACUUCUACUUCCGACCGUACAUGAUCGCAGCGGAAAAUCUGCCUUCCAUUCGAAGAUUCGGGAUGCAUACUUGCUCCGGACCGGAGACUUCUGGUGAAAGAAUAAUGAACCUAGCCAAAGAUUUCGCUUUUAGUUUUGAGAAGAACCCGAAAUUCGGGUUGUUUUGGAUGAACACUUUCAGCCACGAUAACGUGAAUCUUCCGUCUUCGAUGGAUGAGAAAGUCGAGGCGUUCUUGGAAGAUAUAUACGACCAUUUGGACAACGUGGUUUUGGUUUUCUUCAGCGACCACGGGUUUCGGUUUGGGGAUAUAAGAUAUACUCACACGGGCUGGGUGGAGGAGCGUCUACCCUUCAUCUACGUCCAUCUACCGAAAACGUUGAAGCAGCUUCGCCCCACAGAAGUUGGCCACUUUCUUACCAAUACGAGGAGACUGACGACUCCGUUCGAUCUUUACAUGACACUCCAGGAUAUUUUGGCGUUUACUAACCAGAGUUACGAAGUCCAGCCGAGUCUGGCGUGCCCCAAAUGCCAUUCGUUGUUCCGGGAGGUGGACGAAGCUCGUACUUGCAAAGAUGGUGCUAUUGAACAACACUGGUGCAUGUGUUCUGGACACUCGUACGUGAAUCCGAGCACCCAGAUCGUCGUGGAUACCGCUCAGUAUAUAGUUUUCGAGGUUAACUCUUUAAUCCAGGCCUCGGAGAGCGGGCAUAAGUGUGCUUUCUACUAUUUGAAGAAGAUCGUCUCUUCGGGGAUGUCCGAGUUGUACUUAAACGAGAAUAAUCAAACGGUGCAUUAUAUGUUGAUUAUGCUUGAAACGAGACCUCCGGCGAUGUUCGAAGCGACGGUGGAAGUUGCUUCGCAGCCUCAUAAGUUGCCUAGAUUUCGUUUGUUAGGUGAUAUUAGUCGUAUAAAUAGAUAUGGUGACAAUAGCAAAUGUAUUAACGAUUCUUUGAAGAAAUAUUGCUACUGUGAUGGACUUUUCACUUCAAUUAAAAGUGCCAUAUGUAAUUUUUUGAAUUGUGUUUGAUUUUAUAUUUGUUGAAUUUAUUAUACAAAAAGAAAGAAAAAUUAUAUUUUCUGCAGUUAAUAAAUUUGUUUUUAUAUUUUCAAAAA